CGCCCGAAGUAUCUCGAAGAUCCAGGAAAAUUAUGGCGACCAUUAUAUUUUUUAUUUCAAUUGCCGUCAUUGUCUUGGCUCCCAGUUGUUACUCCAUCCGUAUGAGAAGUAGACUCAACAGGGGAUGCAUGUUCGGUCCUUUCGAAAAUAAUGCCAUGAAAUGCAUCAAUUUUCACGGGAAAAUGACCACCUGUAUGUUGCAGGAUCUUGAUUGGUUCUCGCAGAACGAUUACCUGUCUAUCGAUCAAGUACUGGAUUCAUGCAGUCUGUAUACAAAGCAAAACAAAUAUAAGAGGAGAGUUGAAAAACUCAUGAAAAGAUGUGUAAAAAAAGCAAAUCGCAACGGCGAUAACCGCGAAGAGAGAGGCAAUGAAUUUAUUACCUGCUUGAAUGCCAAAAAUGCCUUCGCUGCAAUAUUCCCCUGGGCAUUUUGCGAAAAAGAAGAACGCGAACAAGAAGAACGCGAACAAGAAGAAACACAACCUCUGGUGUCUAGCGAUACGCUAUUAAACGACAUGCCGGAAUGCGGAGAUAACAAGACUACCAAGGAAUUCACCACAUGUUGGUGGAAUUCUUCGGGACCUGAUCCUACAAACUCACGUGUCAUUCCCAUCUGCAUAUUUGGGCCAUUUAAAAAAAAUGCCGUGAGGUGCCUUCCCUUACAUCGAAAAAUUGACAGUUGUUUCCUUAACGGAUUGGACUAUUUCACAAAGGAUCACAAGAUAGACAUCACGAAAGUUCUGGACUCCAUUCAGCCAUAUGUAGUUAAUCGGCAAUAUAUGGAAGAAAUUGACGAAGACGUCAAAAGAUGUGUGGCGAAAGCAAACUCCAUCAGGGGAACAAGCACUGAGGUAGCACUUGUGAACUGUUUGUUUAGCACGAAUACCUUUACUCACUUACACGACGCAUUUUGCCCGAAGGGGCAUUUUACGGGAGACGCUGUUGGAAUUCAGCUUAUCAGCCCCAAGAAACCAAUCACAAAUAAUUAUAUGGGUACCUUGGGUCUCGUGCUCAAUGAUGCUAUUGAAACAUUUUUCCGUGUUAUCACUACAUAAAGAAUCGACGAUUACUCACGAUAUGUUGUUUUCUAAUGAAUUCAGAAGAGAAUUUGUAACUCAUGACUCUCACAGGCAAAUGGCGGCCUCCAUGAGGGGUCAUCGGAGGCAAAUGGAGGCGGAACAGCCAAUUUCCUUAUUUCAG